ACGACGACUAUUAUAAUUGCGUGUUGUAGACUGUCCAUUGUUGUUAUCAUGGAUUUCAACAUGAACCGACAAACCUGUCGGUGUAGGUUCAAAAUACUUUAUAAAUCUAUUCUUUGGAUAGCUCUAGUUUCAGGAAUAAUGUAUGGAAGUAUGGUAUAUAUAUCAUCAUACUUCUAUACAGAGCAUGACAUGAAAUUGGAGAUCAAUUUGCUCAUGACAGAAAUUAACCUGUUGAAGAACAAACAUGAUUCUGAUCUCAAUAGUGUAAGAAGAGAAUUUGAACAUAAACUUACAGUGUUGCGGCCCAGAGUCGGCGAAGAACUCUUUGAUGAGCUUUCGGUAAGAAGUCUAAGUAAAGUUAGUGAUAUCGCCAGAAAAAUAGCAGCUGAAGAAAUUCUAUUGUAUGACGCUGACAAGACAGGCAAGCCAGACUUUGCUUUACAAAAUUCAGGCGGUUCUAUAUUAUCUGUACGCAACACUGAGCAUUUCUUGAAACGACCAAAUAUACUUGGAAUACCUAUAGGUCCACAUUCCCAUUCAGCUGAAAACAUCAUUCAGGCAGGUGUUCUGCCAGGCGAAUGCUGGGCAUUUGAAGGUUCAAAAGGUGCUGUUGUAAUACAACUUAUUGCCGACAUAUACGUUACAGGAGUGUCUGUCGAACACAUCCCGCCUGCUCUGUCGCCCACUGGAGCGACGUCCUCUGCACCCAAGGAUAUGUCCGUAUGGGGUUUAAAAUGUCUUGACGACGAGGAAGAGACGUUACUUGGGCAGUUUAAUUAUGAUAAUACAGGCGGUCGUGUACAGUACUUUGAAAUUAAAGACAUUGGAAAAUCAUUCUCCAUAGUUGAAUUUAAAAUUCAUUCAAAUCAUGGUGACCCGAGAUUCACGUGCGUUUAUCGCAUCAGAGUACAUGGCAAACCAAAAAUUUAGCAGCGCACAUAAGAAGAAUUUUGGAACGAGAGAACUAAAGACUGCAUAACUGCCAUUAAAUUGGUUCUUGUUUGUUGUUGACAAAAUACUAUACAUUAUAACAGACUUUCUUUUCUGCAUUUAAUAAACAUUUUCGAUCUCCGU